CUGGAGCUCCGCAUGAAGGAGGAGAGAGAGGACAUUCCGAUCCGGUGGUCCUUCCUCAGCCUGCCGGAGAUGGCCAUCACCAUCCAGCCCCGAGCCCCGGGGGAGGACCGGGCCGUGGAGGUGAAGGCGAUAUGUGAAACUCUCAAGGACAUUUUGAAGUACCUGGUUAGCUCCGCCUCCCCGUCGGUGGUUCUGAGCAUCAAGCCCGUGGACGUGCGGGAAGUCCAGAAUCUCCAGCGCACCUCGCCUGCCCCGCAGGAGCCCUGCCCUCCCAAACCUCCAAGGGCCCAUGACCUCAAGUUACUGGUGAAGAACAUCCGGGCCUCGCUGCUAAACCGUCCUGGUGCUUCAGGCCCCGCCAACCUCCGCUGCCAAGUUCAGCUGAACGACCCCGUUCAGAAGCUCUCCAGUGUCCUCCCGAAAAACACUACUGACCUCGCCUGGGAAGCAGAGUUCACCUUUGAGUUGAACGCCAAGUCAAAGGAGUUGCACCUGCAGAUUUCGGAGGAUGGGCAAUCCUCAGAAGCUCUGCUGGCGACGACGACCAUCCCUUUAGAUCUGUUCAAGAAGCAGCCUUCCGGGCCACAGAGCUUUAUGCUGAGCCGCGGGCCCUCGGGGGACGGCGCGGCCCUGGGUUCAGUCACCGCGGAGUUCUGUUACGUGGAACCCGCAGAGGCGAAAUCCUGGCACACCCCUCCGCCCGUUCCUGCGGCCAAGAUAGAGAAAGACCGAACAGUGAUGCCCUGCGGGACUGUGGUCACGACCGUCACCGCCGUGAAAACCAAGCCUCGCUUCGACGCCGGGAGGGCGUCCCCGCUGAGCUCGGAGUCUCCGCUGCGGACGCCCGUCAAGGUGAGGGUGAUCGAGAAGGACAUCUCCGUCCAAGCCAUCUCCUGCCACAGCCCUCCCGUCAGCAAAACCUUGUCUUCUUCAGACACAGAACUGCUGGUGUUGAAUGGCUCGGAUCCAGUGGCCGAGGUCGCCAUCCGGCAGCUCAGCGAAUCUUCGAAGCUGAAGCUGAAGUCGCCGCGGAAGAGGAGCACCAUCAUCAUAUCAGGGAUCUCCAAGGUGCGCGCCCGCAGGGCUGGCGUCCGCCCCGGCAGCUGUCCCUCCCUCGGGAGCUGGCCGAGCUCCUGA